UUGGGAAUCUGUGUUUUGGCGUCCGAUUACCGAACCAGUGUGUGAAACUUACGCGCAAUGUGACUGCCUUGAAAUUUGUACAGUUAUCCAUUCAAAAUAGUAAAACAGUAUAGCAUACCAUGCUUCAUAAAUGGUAAGUUUGAAAUAAUACAAGUUUUUUCAUAUUAAUUUACAAUUACGAGUUCACUAGGUGAUUCGGCGCCAAGGUCUGUCUGAAGUUUUCAAUUAAUCCAUCCGCGAGAUGUCGCAAUGGAGCAAUCUACUGAAGCACUGCCAACUUCGAUUAUCGAGAUAUCUGAUUACUUGAUGGGAAUUCUACCGUAGUGAGUUUAUUGUGCAGAUGAUUAAAUAACAGCUCGACAACAAGAGGUAUUUAAACUAACUACAGUUCCAGUAUAACCUCAAAUUAUUAAUGUGUAUAUGAUUAUAGACCUAUUUUAUCCGAAGCGUAGCGUAUUUUUCUAAUCGUUCAAAGUUUAAUUUUUGGAGAGUCUUUUUUCUGUAAUCAGUGUCGACUAGAGUCUAUUUAUCUAUACAUACAAAAAGUUUACAUAUUUAUUCUAGGGACGUAAACGUUCGACGCAACGAAACAGCGUAAGCUGAAAAAACAGAUUGACCAAAUAACUGAUCAAUUGACACCUGUUGUAUUAUGAAUAUAUAGAAAAAACCGACGACUUUAGUAUUCUAGAAUAUAUAUGUAUUUGGAUUUGAAAUGCCAGGACGAAGUAGUGAACGAAUGGUGAACUUGGAUUCGUUGGAAGAGAAUCUAUCGUGCGAUGAUUUGUUUCUGGAAUAUUUUAACUGUUUUCUUUCCUUAAAGGCGUUUCCCACACCGUUGUGUUACAGCAGAUUCACCGGCACUUUUCAUGACCUCGAGAAAGAGACCGUUCCUGUCGCUCCGAUUUGUGCCGAAACGAAAAAUGAUCCACUUUUUACGUCAUCAACUAAUGGAGGACAGAACGGGUCAACGGUUAUGCCCGGAUCCGUGUUUGGAGCAAAGGAGGACGAAAGAGAACGAAUGAUGCAAUGGGCAAAAGAGAACCGACUUCCUUUAUUUGUCGACACACAGAUGUACCGCGAAUUCAAGCUCUGCAAAUUACUUUUGCGACCGAUCGACCUCAGAAGAGGCAGCAGCCGAAUCAGAGGCUACAGUAGACUGUCGGUCGGUUAUGCUACGACGACCUCGGUGAUGAGCGGAGCUAUGGACUUGACUUCAAGAGCUACGACCAGUAUGGGCGAAUCGACCGAAUGGACGGAAGGCCCCGACACGAGCAAAUACCCCGAGUCCUCCAGCGCCCGCCCCGGGAGUAGGGCGGUUAGUUUGCCGGUAAACAUUGGCACAGAUCAUACACCAUCAUCGCCCACCUUGCACGAUACAUCUGCAAGUGAAGCCAGCUUUCAUUACGCCCAGGAUAUCACCAUAAGACCACGUACACACCACCGACGUAACCCACAGGAAUAUACAUCACCAGGGAAAAACACCGAAGCAACAUCAAGUCGCCAAAAUCCAUUCUCUGAUUCCGGUCUUGGGACUACAGCUUUUGGAUAUGCUAACAGCGGACCAAGCGAAAAAACUCGUAACAUUGCUACGAGAGCCGACACUCUUGGAAUGAGUUCGUUUUGGGAGAGCGAGGAGGGAGGAUCGAGGAGCAGAUCGGUUAUGACGGUCAUCAUCGGUACAAGAAAGUGCGCCCGCUUCCGCCACCAUGUGGAUGGACGCGACAAAAUACGAGGGCAAGAGCGCUCUACGAACAGCAGACUCUCCCACCAAACCCCACAGAGCAACCAUCGUCCUUCCGAAAGUUAGAACACAACCACCAACUGAAGGAACUCCAAUAACUCAAAUUGACGACACGGCGACCAUCAGCACAUCCAACAUUUACGACGAUGGUGACGUCACGUAUGACGUAGAUGACGAUGACGUCAUCGAAGACGAGGAAUUUGAUCCCGGCGAGUUCCUCAACUUCGAUGAUCAG